UUCCAAGAAAUCAUGUAAAUGUGGCAACAUUUAUCAGAAUUCAUUAAAACACUGUUCUCUCUAUAUCUGAUCGUUGUUAAAAAUUUUGUAGUGAAGUAAGAAAUCCACAACUUGCAAUCUAUUAUGGCUACUAUGGCUGAAAAUAGGGAAGAAAUCGAUGAAGAUGUUAUUAUUAUAGGAGCUGGAGCAGCUGGAAUAGCGGCUUUCACCAAACUCAUCAAAUAUGGUAUAGAUAAAACGAGGAUCCUAGAAGCUGAAGACAGGAUUGGGGGAAGAAUACACAGUAUCCCCUUAGGAGAUGCGUUUGUUGACUUGGGCGCUGAAGAAGUACACGGGGAGAAGGGAAAUGUUGUGGUACAACUAGCUGGGGAGUACCUCAAGAAAAAGAAAGCACUCACAGAAAGCAUCUGUUAUUUUUCUGAUGGGAGGAAAAUCGAUCAAGAUCUCAGUGAUCGAGUCAUGGAUCUUAUUGAAGACUUUUGCGAAGACGACAGUGAAGUGAAGAAAUCGAUUGGAGAAGUAUUCACAGACAGCUCCAUAUUAUAUGCUAGUUCUCCCAUGACCUCUAUCCAUUUUCACAGGUUCAAGAAUGUAGUAUUGAAGAAUUACGAGAAUGAUGUGGAUAAAAUGAAUAUGGCUUGCAGCUUUUUACCUCUUUGCGAGUCUUUCUUCUCUAUACUCGAAGGUCCUUAUUCUUGGUUCGACGUGAUCCUGGAGUCGGCUUCUAACUAUGUGGACUGUGAGGGUGACCAGUUCUUAGGAUGGAACGGACGUGGCUGUCAAACAAUUCUGGAUAUUCUGAUGGGGAAGAAUCUAGACUUUGAUAGCUCGAAUGAUGAAAAUAUCGGUUACGAGAAUAAAAUUUCUCUCAAUAAAGCUGUGAGAAAGAUAGAAUGGAAACAAAAAAAUAGGGUGGGAAUAAAAUGUUGGGAUGGCUCAAGAUAUAGAGCUAAACAUGUAAUUUUCUCCCCUUCCGUGGGUAUGUUGAAGGAGAAGCAUGGUGAAAUGUUCGAACCGAAUUUACCAGCAAAGAAGAUAGAUGUACUUGGAAAAAUUGGAUUUUCGAAUGUCAUGAAAGUUGCACUUAAAUUCAGAGAAAAAUGGUGGAAUGAAGCACCAAUUGCCUUAAUAUGGAGUAAAGAUGAUAAGGAGAAGCUAGAAAAAUCCUGGCUAACAUCGGUAUAUUGGCUGAUGGAAGCUCCAGACAAUACUAAAGUCCUCGUUGCUUGGCUGACAGGCCCCGCAACUCCCUCUGUUGAAAAAAUGAGCGACGAUGAGAUAAAAAAUGGUAUAAUGCAAGUUAUAAAUAAGUUCCUCGGCAAAUACUACAACAUCACCGAACCAGAGGAAAUAAUUCCAACUAGAUGGCAUUCAAAUCCUAAUUUUCGUGGAACCUACUCUUAUGAAACACCAGAAACUUUUGAUUUAGAGGUCCCCUUCCAAACAGUAUUAGAAGAACCACUGACCAACGAGAAUGGUGUUCCUGUGGUGCUUUUUGCUGGGGAAGCUACCCAUCUGACUCAGUAUUCAACAGUCAAUGGAGCAAUAUUAUCCGGUUUUAGGGAGGCUGAUAAAAUCAUACAAAUGUACAAUAAAAAUUGAUUCAUCUA